AUGACGUGGCGCCCCCUGGCGGCCCCCGCGGCGCACCUGGCGGGGACCCUGGCGGUGUUCCUCAGGGUGACCACGGUGGCCCUGGGCAAGCACCGGCUGUACGCGCACGAGGCUGUACGCGGGGUGACCACGGUGGCCCUGGGCAAGCACCGGCUGUACGCGCGCGAGGCGGGCGAGCAGCGCCGCAUGGUGGCCCGCAUGGUGGCCCACCCGGGCUACGACCCGUCCACCAAGGACAACGACAUCAUGCUGCUCAAGCUGCUGGCCCCCGCCGCCAUCUCCGACCGCGUCCGGCCCAUCCCGGUGGCCUCGUGCCUGCCCCGGCCCGGCACCACCUGCGUCACCUCGGGCUGGGGGGCCACCACCUCACCUGAAGUGACGUACCCCGAGGUGCUGCAGUGUGUCAAUGUCACGCUCUUCUCCCCGGCCGAGUGUCGCAGUUUCUACCCCGGCUCCAUCACCGACAACAUGAUCUGCGCCGGGCACCUGCAGGGCGGGAGGGACUCCUGCCAGGGUGACUCCGGCGGCCCCCUGGUGUGCGAGGGCACCCUGCAGGGCAUCGUCUCGUGGGGCAUGGAGCGCUGCGGGCAGCCGCGGCGCCCGGGCGUCUACACCAAGGUGUGCCGCUACGCCCGCUGGAUCCAGGACACCAUGGAGGACACCUGAGGGGACACCUGAGGGACAC